CCGCCGCCGCCGCCGCCGCCGGCUUUGUGCUUCCAGCCGAGGAUGGGAGCGACCUCUUCCUGAUCGCGAGCUGUCUCCAAAAGGAGCGAGCGCGCCCGAUCGCCCGGCGGCGUGCAGGACCCCGGGAAGGGAAUCCAUCCACAAGGCUCAGCCCAGGUUGGAACAUUUGGAAGUCACAUUGUACAACAUGCUGCGAUUACAUCUCUCGCCGACUGUUUCAAUGGGCUUUCGUUUGGUAGCUAUGGUGGCUCUUGUGUUUUCCCAUGUUGACCGUAUAACUGCGGAGACAGAAUCAGAAACAGGAGGAAAUGACACCACUGAAUGUACUGGCUCCUAUUACUGUAAGAAAGGGGUGAUUCUUCCCAUUUGGGAACCCCAAGACCCAUCUUUUGGGGAUAAAAUUGCUAGAGCCACUGUGUAUUUUGUGGCCAUGGUCUACAUGUUUCUCGGAGUUUCUAUCAUUGCCGACCGAUUCAUGUCCUCUAUAGAAGUCAUCACAUCUCAAGAAAAGGAAAUAACCAUAAAGAAACCCAACGGAGAGACCUCCAAGACUACGGUAAGGAUCUGGAAUGAGACCGUGUCAAACCUGACCUUGAUGGCCCUGGGAUCUUCCGCUCCUGAGAUUCUCCUGUCAGUCAUUGAAGUUUGUGGCCAUAACUUCACGGCAGGGGACCUUGGUCCCAGUACCAUUGUGGGAAGUGCUGCCUUCAACAUGUUCAUCAUCAUUGCACUUUGUGUCUAUGUGGUCCCCGAUGGAGAGACAAGGAAGAUUAAGCACUUGCGUGUGUUCUUUGUGACAGCAGCCUGGAGCAUCUUCGCCUAUACCUGGCUUUAUAUAAUUCUGUCGGUCAUCUCUCCUGGUGUUGUGGAGGUCUGGGAAGGGUUGCUUACGUUCUUCUUCUUUCCCAUCUGUGUUGUGUUCGCUUGGGUAGCAGACAGGCGGCUUCUGUUUUACAAGUAUGUCUACAAGCGGUAUAGGGCCGGCAAGCAGAGGGGGAUGAUUAUUGAACACGAGGGAGACAGACCAGCUUCCAAAACCGAAAUUGAAAUGGAUGGGAAAGUGGUCAACUCUCACGUUGACAAUUUCUUAGAUGGUGCGCUGGUUCUGGAAGUCGAUGAGAGGGACCAAGAUGAUGAGGAAGCGAGGCGUGAGAUGGCGAGGAUUCUGAAGGAGCUUAAGCAGAAGCAUCCAGAAAAAGAAAUUGAGCAGUUAAUAGAAUUAGCCAACUAUCAAGUCCUAAGUCAGCAGCAAAAAAGCCGAGCUUUUUACCGGAUUCAAGCUACGCGCCUGAUGACUGGAGCCGGCAACAUUUUGAAGAGGCAUGCAGCUGACCAAGCAAGGAAGGCUGUCAGCAUGCAUGAGGUCAACGAAGGGUCUGAAAAUGACCCAGUCAGCAAGGUCUUCUUUGAACAAGGGACAUACCAAUGUCUAGAGAACUGUGGCACCGUGGCUCUCACCAUUAUCCGUAGAGGGGGCGACUUGACCAACACUGUGUUAGUCGACUUCAGAACGGAAGAUGGUACCGCCAAUGCUGGGUCUGACUAUGAAUUCACCGAAGGGACUGUGGUCUUCAAACCUGGGGACCAGAAGGAGAUCAGGGUCGGCAUCAUUGAUGACGACAUCUUUGAAGAGGACGAAAACUUCCUUGUGCAUCUGAGCAACGUCAGAGUCUCUUCUGAGGCUUCAGAAGACGGCAUCCUGGAAGCCAAUCACAUUUCUUCCCUUGCCUGUCUUGGGUCACCCUGCACGGCAACUGUGACCAUUUUUGAUGAUGACCAUGCAGGCAUCUUUACAUUUGAGGAGCCAGUGACUCAUGUGAGUGAGAGCAUCGGCAUCAUGGAGGUGAAGGUUUUGAGAACAUCUGGAGCACGAGGAAAUGUUAUCGUCCCCUAUAAAACCAUUGAAGGGACGGCCCGAGGGGGAGGAGAGGACUUUGAGGACACCUGUGGAGAGCUCGAAUUCCAGAACGAUGAAAUUGUGUUGGAACAUUUGGAAGUCACAUUGUACAACAUGCUGCGAUUACAUCUCUCGCCGACUGUUUCAAUGGGCUUUCGUUUGGUAGCUAUGGUGGCUCUUGUGUUUUCCCAUGUUGACCGUAUAACUGCGGAGACAGAAUCGGAAACAGGAGGAAAUGACACCACUGAAUGUACUGGCUCCUAUUACUGUAAGAAAGGGGUGAUUCUUCCCAUUUGGGAACCCCAAGACCCAUCUUUUGGGGAUAAAAUUGCUAGAGCCACUGUGUAUUUUGUGGCCAUGGUCUACAUGUUUCUCGGAGUUUCUAUCAUUGCCGACCGAUUCAUGUCCUCUAUAGAAGUCAUCACAUCUCAAGAAAAGGAAAUAACCAUAAAGAAACCCAAUGGAGAGACCUCCAAGACUACGGUAAGGAUCUGGAAUGAGACCGUGUCAAACCUGACCUUGAUGGCCCUGGGAUCUUCCGCUCCUGAGAUUCUCCUGUCAGUCAUUGAAGUUUGUGGCCAUAACUUCACGGCAGGGGACCUUGGUCCCAGUACCAUUGUGGGAAGUGCUGCCUUCAACAUGUUCAUCAUCAUUGCACUUUGUGUCUAUGUGGUCCCCGAUGGAGAGACAAGGAAGAUUAAGCACUUGCGUGUGUUCUUUGUGACAGCAGCCUGGAGCAUCUUCGCCUAUACCUGGCUUUAUAUAAUUCUGUCAGUCAUCUCUCCUGGUGUUGUGGAGGUCUGGGAAGGGUUGCUUACGUUCUUCUUCUUUCCCAUCUGUGUUGUGUUCGCUUGGGUAGCAGACAGGCGGCUUCUGUUUUACAAGUAUGUCUACAAGCGGUAUAGGGCCGGCAAGCAGAGGGGGAUGAUUAUUGAACACGAGGGAGACAGACCAGCUUCCAAAACCGAAAUUGAAAUGGAUGGGAAAGUGGUCAACUCUCACGUUGACAAUUUCUUAGAUGGUGCGCUGGUUCUGGAAGUCGAUGAGAGGGACCAAGAUGAUGAGGAAGCGAGGCGUGAGAUGGCGAGGAUUCUGAAGGAGCUUAAGCAGAAGCAUCCAGAAAAAGAAAUUGAGCAGUUAAUAGAAUUAGCCAACUAUCAAGUCCUAAGUCAGCAGCAAAAAAGCCGAGCUUUUUACCGGAUUCAAGCUACGCGCCUGAUGACUGGAGCCGGCAACAUUUUGAAGAGGCAUGCAGCUGACCAAGCAAGGAAGGCUGUCAGCAUGCAUGAGGUCAACCCAGAAGGGUCUGAAAAUGACCCAGUCAGCAAGGUCUUCUUUGAACAAGGGACAUACCAAUGUCUAGAGAACUGUGGCACCGUGGCUCUCACCAUUAUCCGUAGAGGGGGCGACUUGACCAACACUGUGUUAGUCGACUUCAGAACGGAAGAUGGUACCGCCAAUGCUGGGUCUGACUAUGAAUUCACCGAAGGGACUGUGGUCUUCAAACCUGGGGAGACCCAGAAGGAGAUCAGGGUCGGCAUCAUUGAUGACGACAUCUUUGAAGAGGACGAAAACUUCCUUGUGCAUCUGAGCAACGUCAGAGUCUCUUCUGAGGCUUCAGAAGACGGCAUCCUGGAAGCCAAUCACAUUUCUUCCCUUGCCUGUCUUGGGUCACCCUGCACGGCAACUGUGACCAUUUUUGAUGAUGACCAUGCAGGCAUCUUUACGUUUGAGGAGCCAGUGACUCAUGUGAGUGAGAGCAUCGGCAUCAUGGAGGUGAAGGUUUUGAGAACAUCUGGAGCACGAGGAAAUGUUAUCGUCCAUAAAACCAUUGAAGGGACGGCCCGAGGGGGAGGAGAGGACUUUGAGGACACCUGUGGAGAGCUCGAAUUCCAGAACGAUGAAAUUGUCAAAACAAUUGCAGUCAAGGUAAUUGAUGAUGAGGAGUAUGAGAAAAACAAGACCUUCUUCAUUGAGAUUGGAGAGCCCCGCCUGGUGGAGAUGAGUGAGAAGAAAGCCCUGUUAUUGAAUGAGCUUGGUGGCUUUACACUAUCAGGAAAAUACCAUUCUGGCCAACCUCUCUUCAGGAAGGUUCAUGCUAGAGAUCAUCCGCUUCCCUCCACUGUAAUCAGCUUUUCAGACGAAUAUGACGACAAGCAGCCGCUGACUAGCAAAGAGGAAGAGGAGAGGCGCAUUGCCGAAAUGGGGCGCCCCAUCCUGGGAGAGCACACCAGGCUGGAGGUGAUCAUUGAAGUCUACGAAUUCAAGAGCACUGUGGACAAACUCAUUAAGAAGACCAACCUGGCCCUGGUGGUGGGCACAAACAGCUGGAGGGAGCAGUUCAUCGAAGCGAUCACCGUCAGUGCUGGGGAAGAUGAUGAUGACGAUGAUUGUGGGGAGGAGAAGCUGCCCUCCUGUUUUGAUUACGUGAUGCACUUUCUCACGGUGUUCUGGAAGGUUCUGUUUGCCUUCGUCCCCCCAACAGAAUACUGGAAUGGCUGGGCCUGUUUCAUCGUCUCCAUCCUCAUGAUUGGUCUCCUGACAGCCUUCAUUGGAGAUCUGGCUUCCCACUUUGGCUGCACCAUUGGUCUGAAAGAUUCCGUGACUGCGGUGGUGUUUGUCGCUCUUGGAACCUCAGUGCCAGACACAUUUGCCAGCAAAGUAGCAGCCACCCAGGACCAGUACGCAGAUGCAUCCAUCGGCAACGUCACCGGAAGCAAUGCUGUGAACGUCUUCCUGGGGAUCGGCGUGGCCUGGUCCAUUGCUGCCAUCUACCACGCAGCCAACGGGGAACAGUUCAGAGUGUCACCUGGCACCCUCGCUUUCUCGGUCACGCUCUUCACCAUUUUUGCAUUCAUCAAUGUGGGGGUGCUGCUGUAUCGGCGGAGGCCAGAAAUAGGAGGUGAGCUGGGUGGGCCCCGGACUGCCAAGCUCCUCACAUCCUGCCUGUUCGUGCUCCUGUGGCUCUUGUACAUUUUCUUCUCCUCCCUGGAGGCCUACUGCCACAUAAAAGGCUUCUAAAGGAACGAUCAGAUAUAGUAAAUUUAUAUAUAUACAUAUAUAUACAUAAAAAAUUAUGUAUAAUGAACAGAGGAAACUGACAUUGGUCAUGUUCACUUAACCUGCUGAUGGAAUCCAGCUUCAAGAGCAUACUCUGUACUAGGGCGGAAGUCAGAAACCACCAUCUCCCUCCCAUUCCCGGGGCAUCAUCGUGUUGAACAAGGCGUGGAGGCAGGGCCAUCUUGCAUCUCAGCCUAGAAGGGCUGGACUCUCUCCAAGUUCAUAAACGGUUAAGGUUUUUAUUUGUUUUUCUUGUUUUGUUUUGUUCCCGAUGGGGCUGGGGAGGUGGCGGUUGGUUCAGUUUGGUUUUACCUUGUUCCGUUUGGAGAGCCAAGAUCCUGCUUCUCUUUAUGGGAAGCGGUGAUCCACCCCAAGGUGAAUGGAAGUCAUUACGAUUCUCUACUCACCGCCUCCAAACACUUUACACAUUACUUUGGAUUAAGGAAGGAGCUGGGCAUGGAAGAAGAAAGAAGCCACGUCUUUACUAUAUUACCAAAUUUUUCUGCUUAUCUCUGAGAUGUGAACAGAGGCGAACUGCCUCAAGGAAGCAAAGCAUGGGAACUGAAAUGGAGCCAGGAAAAGCAAUGGUUCUAGACGUAGCUAAGGAAAUGGUGCCUGGCAGUCUUGUUCAUCAGGCACAGGGAUAACGUGCCUAGAUUCCCAGGAACACACAGAACUCUUCAUCCCUUAACCUCUUGAGCUCUGAACUGUGAUUAGCAAGACCUUUAUUCCUUCCAGCCCAGCUAAUUCCCCAGGUAUCCCGUCCCAGACUUCCUCCUGCCCACCACCCAACCCCCUGCAAGCAGGACGAUUAACCCCAUCCAAAAAAAAAAAAAAAAAAGAAGAAAGAAAAAGAAAGAAAUCAUCAUCCUUUUGGUCAUCACAUGUGUCCAGGUCCCACGUUGCUGUUGCCUGGGAUUUUUCCAUCCGUUUUAUUUUCCAUGGCUUGCACAAUCCUGUUCCAGUCAUGACUGAACAUUUGCCCUCCUUCAUGUGCCUGUUUGGGAAUGUUGUUGUGAUCCCCAUUACACAGUGCAUGGACAAAAAAAAAAAAAAACAAAUAAAACAAAGAGUAUCUGUAUAUAGUAGCGUAUAGCAAAUACCGUUCUCCCAUUCAGCGACGUUGAUUGGACAUUGAAGAUGUAUGUGAGUUUUCUUUUCACCUGAGUUGUUACUUUUGAGUUGUUACUGAGUUUGAAUACCAGUAGGGGGAAAAAAAGAAAAUGGCUUAAUGUUCAUGAAUCUGCACGUUCAUUUCUAAGAAGCAAUAAUUGUCCCUGUGAGGAGAGAUUAAUUAUUGAGAGGACCGCAGGAAAACUACAGAGAUCUCCAUGGGAUUUUAGCCAUGUAGAGCGUAUCAGAGGCCUCCAAGAUUCACCCAUCAUUAAUUCGGGCAGGCCAAAGAGAGAGGCUGGGGAGAAAAGUGGAUGCUUUGGAUGUGCCUGGACUUUGAGAGCCACUUUUUCCCACACUACCCCUCCCCCAAAGUAUUUAUUGCACAUCUGCUCUGUCUGGCACAGAAGGUGGAUAGUGCUACUUCGUUUUAUUUUUGUAUGUAGAAGGCCAUUUUGAGCCCUGCUUCAUUCACCUUCCAGACCCUGAAUUCAUUAGCAGCUCCCGAGUGGAAAGGAAACCAGGGUGACCAGUAGGCCCCUUAAUGUCCCCUGUGUGUGACAAAGAGGAGAUGAAUCAAAGGGACCAGACCGAGGCCUCCUCCCUGCAGGAUUACACUGGGGAUUGUUAACCCUUUGAAGGAAACAGCUCUUUCUAUUCAAAAAUACCAAAGAGCAAAGUAAAACCCAACAUUCCAAAAGUAGUGGUGGCUUCACCCAUCUUCUCAGAGACUUCUCUGAGACCUCCGUGGCCCUUUGCAUUGAUUCAAAGAUACUUAAGUAAAUGUUGCUGAGACCUCCUUUCUCUUCUUCUGCUGUGAUCGUAGCUGUCCAUUAUUUAAUAAACAUUUUAGUGACUGAGUGAAUAGUUAGAUACCUGUUACCCAUUCAAUAGGCCAGGUAAUAUACUACCUCCUGGUAGCUGAACAGUGACCAAGACAGCCCAGAAUCCUACCCCCAGGAGGUACGUAGUGGAUGGGAUUCCUAUUCAAAUAGUAAGAGUUGACCUAACCAUACUGAGAGGGUUUAUCUUGCAAGAGAAAAAUAAUUAUGACUUCUUUUUAACACAAUCACAUUAAAAUUGUACAACAAAAGCAGUUGACCAAAUGCUCAUGUUUUUUUUUUUCUGGAAAGAAUGUAAUGUUUAGCUUUGGAAAAGUAUUCUUCAGCCUUGGCCAACUGGUAGGUUUGUUUAUCUUCCUACUUUAGACCAGGCAGGGUAAUCAUGGUGGUGACCGAAAUCACUGAGAAGACAGGGUUAACCUGUUUUUAAUCUAUGUGGCAAUGAUACCUUUCCAUAACAAGAUACCACAGCCCACCAACAUUGGUGACACUGGUGACCCUUGGAGAUACAUUCUAACCCAUCUUGUUUUGAUUUUUUUAACUUCAUUUUAGAUUUUAAAAGUGGAAAGCUAGCCUAGAACUACUCAGUAAAUACAGUCCAAGUAUAUACAUGAUUAAAACAUUAGAAAGGUUUUGCACUGUUUUGUUUGUUUGUUUGUUUGUUUUACAUUCCAUCUUUGGAAUGUCAAUUAUCCUGUAGUGAAUUUUCACAGAGAACUUCCCAAGAAAUUCUUUCUGUUGGUCAGUUUCAAGUUCAAGUUUUUUGGUUUGUUUGCCUGUUCAGUCUUCAUGCUGUAGGGAAAAUAUAAUUCUGGAUGUUCAGGGUUGUUAAUUAUUAUGUGUAAAAUGAUUUCAUCUUAUUUGUUUGAUUAUUUUAUUUUGUGUGUAUUGUGCACAGCUGUAGGAGGACAGGCACUCACAGUGCUGUUCCUUAAAAUUGGUACACAUUAUUGACACGGAAAAAAAAUAAUAAAGUUUCUAAUUGUUUGUGAUUUCAUCACCAGUGGCACAGCAUAGUCUGUUCUGUGGAAUGCCUCCCCUCAUGAUCACCUACUCCAUUCUCCAUUGCUUGUUUUUAUGUUCUGAAGAAAUAAAGACCAAAAAGGUAUCAGUGUGCCCGUGGUAUCCUCAUCCAUGGGAAAGGAGACAGCCAGAAUUCAGGGUCGAGCAAACAUCAGCUCUUUGGUCAUGCAGUGUUCUCAUUUAAAUGUCCCAAGAAGUGGCACAUGGAGUCUGAAUGUCUGUCUGUCCUGUGAUGCUGUGAUCAACAUUGGAUGUGCCUUGUUUCCACUGCUUUCUCACCUUUUAGUUUAACUCUAUCUUCUUGCUUUCUGCACCCAAGAACAUGGACUCAAACUAUGAAUGGUCAGGCAACUUUCAGCCACAGCACAGUAUACGAAAUCAUGUAGCCCAUCACAAUGGUUAUUGGAAGAAAAGUUACUUCCCAAGGGGACAAGCAGCUUGCCCACUUGGUAUUAUGUAUUAUAUUUCUUCUUGCUCCCCAUAUAGCUUAUGCGUUAUGUUAUUAAUUUCUGGCUCUAUGAAUUGUAUAAAUUACUGGGUUUCCUGUCUCAUAUAAUCAAAAGAACACAGAAGAGGUGACACCAGACAUAGAAUAGGAAUUAUGGGAAAAAGAAGAGUGCCCUCUUACCGUGGUAGAUUCUCGACAGACGGUAGGUGCAUGAAAAUGAUACUCUGUUCAUCUGAUCAUCUUAAAGAUUCCCACAGAAUCUUUCAUCACAGCUUUGUGUAGGCACAUGUGGCACAUUUUCAAGGGGGAAGGAAAUAAGGUCCAAUUUGAACACUUUUCUUGAGUCAAAGAAUCGAUAACGCCUCCUGAAUAUUGAUCUUUAAUUUCAUAGCAAAUUGGCAGCCAGUGUUUACUUCUUGAACAAAGAGCAAAGUGGGAACUAUAGUGGAGAUCCUUGGCCAUUUACUGGACUUGAGCCCAGUUCUCUGCCUGAUGAACUCUCAAGUGCUGAGGAGCAAACGUCCAUUUGUUCACAGACAGUGAUCCAGGAAUCUUUCAGAGAACCUUGCUCUCUAUAGUAUAGGUGCACUAAGUUUUUGUGGCUGUUGCUUCUCAAAUAUAAGACGAUAGCAAAAAACACACUGUCUGAAACAAGCCUGAGGGAUGGACAGGUAGCUCCUUGCAUCUCACGAGCGUCCCCUCCCCAAGAAGUGAUCUCAACCCAAGCAAAAACACAUUGUUUCCAUCAUCCUUUCCACACUGGGCCUUCUUCAUUAGAAACAUCAUGCGUUCACAUUUCUGGGCUUAAGCUCUCAAAAGAAAAUGAGAGGGGCCAGUUUGCUCUCACAUCUGACAGCUUUGUCGAAGAAAUUAGAGCCCCCCCCCCUCUUUUUCUAAAGCAACUCAGCUUCAAGAAGACGUCUUUCAUUUUCCUUCUGAGUUGAAAAUGUGGUAUCCAUCUCUUGAUUUUGAUUUUCCUUUUUCUGAUCUUGGGAAACUAUACCCAGAGCAAGUCGUGGCUGUACCUUUAUGAGUUUAAGAAUGUGUGGCCAUUUCCCCAUCGACAAUGUACAUCCUAACUUACAACUAUCAUCUACCAUGCUUUAUAAGAAUCAUGCCUCUUGGGCAAGGCAUUCUAACCACUGGCAAAAACUAGAAAGUGUGACUAUCAGGUUGGCAAAUGAGUGGUGUGUUACAGAAAAGAGACAUGUGAAAGCCACAUUUAUCUUACUGAGGACAUGUGUCUUGUGAAUAGAUUCAUUAAUGUGUGUUCGUGUCUCCCUGCAUAUUUUAUUUGAUUUCUUUUGUAAUGAAUUGGGGAUUUGGCUAUUCUUUUCAAACACUAUUAUUGCCGUAGCCAUUGUUUUCGCCCAGGCCUGCACAUUUCAAAGGUUAGGUAGUCCUGAUGGUACUCUAUCACCAGGGAUACCGUGGGAAAGCAACAUAACUAAAGUAGUCAGGUGUUUCUUCUUAAUACUUAACCAGGCUGUGGGUAACAAUCUCCCAAAGCAGAGAACAUCCUUUCCGCAGAAGGGCCAACCACUGAGAGGUAGAAUUCCUAAGAGAGGCAGGGGUGCUUUUGCUGUCCAGUCCAUAGGGAAUGGUAAGUAUCUAGCUUGCUGUGACUUUGCCUCCGCCUGCCAAGGUGUCCAAACAGAUGCACUCAAGAAUCUCCAGAUUUUUCAGUUUUGUCAAAGGUUCUCUGAUUCCAUUGCCUCAAGGGACAUUGACGCAUCAUGAGUAACUUUGAUGUACUUAACUUUUAGCAAAGAGCAUCACUUUACAGUGCAGCCUUUCCUUUCAGUAUUGCCCAACUUUUGUCAUUCUUCAUUGGCCACCCUUAGUGCACUCAAUAAACUUUGAUGACGCCCACUGUUACCGCUCAUCAAUAGGGAAGGCUCAUGCUACAAGGAAUUGCUCAGGAAUAUUUCUCCAGAGAGCGAACUUGUCAUAGAAAAUCAACUAGGAUGACUUUCCACAGAGACAACAGAUUUUAGAACAAAGUGAAGUAUCUCCACAAAUGCUUGGGGUAUGUGGUACCCUAGAGUUACAUGCUAAUUCACUAAUGUCUUUGGGGGUCAUAUUUAUCAUGCCCAGUGUCCAUCUCAUGGCCUAUUCUAUCAAUAUCUGUAAGUACAGAGUGGGAAAAAAGUAAGACAUAUGUCCCCAAACCCCAUGAAGAGGUACCUCUAAAGGUGUCAUACGUAAGCACAGAAAAAUAGAUAUGACUCUAAGAACUAUGAGAGGCUUGAGUGUUUCACUGGUUACUGUGUUUCGGGUAGGCAGUGUGCAGGAAAACUCACAUUAAUGACCAAAUAGACCAAGAAAGAAAUGACCAAGCAUCAGGGUUACUGGACCUGCUUUAAUAGUUAAUGCAGAGAGCCCACCCCUAAUAAUCUGUGUGCUACAAAGACAAGUAUACUCUGCCAAAUCUAAGAAUGUACUGGAGGCAGGGAACGCUGAUUAUUGGGAUGACUAUACAGCCCUCUCUACCGGCACUCCUUGCCAGUGAGUGUACAAUCUGCAGAACUGCUUCUUAGACUCCCUUGCAAACAUAUAGUAGAGGAGAUCUGUUUUGCAAGAAGGAGAUCUUUUCUAAAAGUGUGGUUGUUCAUUUGCAAUGUCCCACAUCCAUUGUGAAGAUCACAAUCCUGAGUUUUCUUUCCAAAUAAGAGGACUACCCCUAUGUAUUAAAUGUAUUCAUUAAACCAGAUAUGGAACUGCUUCACAAAAUAUUUCACUGAAGAAAUAACUAGGCAGUACUUCAAUGAUAUGAAUCAUAUGAUCGUAAUGGUGGCUUUUGUGAAAAAAAAAAAAAAAAACAGACUCUUUGUUUUAGCAAACAUUAGACUUGAAAAAUAUCCCAAAGAAAAAUCUUAGGAGUUUUUCCAACUGCAUUGCAGUAAUGCUCAUGGAAUCAAGAUGUAUGGAAAAGAAAAUGAUAUGAAUUAGCUACACUUUGACAAGAUUAUAUUUUUUAAAUGAAAUAAUUUGGCACAAAGAACAUGUGUUAAGUAGAAUUUCAUCACGUAUUACCCUUAUUUAAGAUAUUUGAAAGUCAUUAACCUUAAGUAAGAAAGAGUCCCAGUUUCCUGAGACAACUAUGUAAUUUAAACUCAUUCUCCUGUUUGACAUGAAAAAUCAAAGCUGGGCAUAUAUAGUUUUUGGCUUGGCAACUAAAGAAAAGUAUGCUUUUGGCAUACUUUCCAUGUCAUUGAAUUAUUUUAUGGAAUACAUUAGAGCUGUGCAGAUGUCUCAUAAAAAUAUUUUUCAAGAAUUUCCUUCCAUUUUUAAAUGUAUAAUGCUUUUAAAUUACUCAGCUUGGUAACAUAAUACUUCCCCCCUUUUAAAAGAUGACUUUAUUUUGAUAUUGUUACUACCAUUUCAGGACUAAUUAUAAUGUUGAAUCGAUAUAUGGAAUGGAAUAUUGAACUUGAGUCUUGCCCCUGUAACCACAUGGUCCAGGCAGAUUUACCAGUAGUUAAAUGUUUCUGAUGGACCAGCAUUCUUGGGUAUAACUAAUGUGAAUGUUGCAUUUAGUCUUUUUUUCUACCUAAGGCUUGCAUUUUAACUGGUGCAAAACCAAGUUCAAAGUAUUUGGAUUACUAGCUGCAAGAUUCUUUUCCUUGAAAUGGGACAUUGUUUCAACACUGCUCCCCUCUAUCCUAUUUCUCCCACACCAUACAGAUAUGUACAUUAAAAACAAAAAUGAGUUUCACAUGUCUAGUAACUGGAACUGCAUUCUACAUAUCUAGGGUUGCCCAGAAAUCCAUGUCAACUUAGUUUCUUUCAAAACAUAUCUCUGUCAUAAAUGGAGCAAAGUUGUUCUUAAAGGUGUACAUUCCAAGUUGUUUGAGAACUGUUUGGAAUAACAAGUAUUCUUCCCAAAGAGAUAUAAAAAUCUUUUUUUAAAAAAGAAGAAAUUCAUCUUUAUUUUGUUUAUUUAGCCAUCAUUUCAGAUAGGAAGCCUUUAGGGUUGAUUUGGUUCUGUCUGCUUUUUUGAAUGAGUGUCAAAAACAGCUCUUGGAAAAAAAAUUGGUCAAGGCCAAAUUCUGGAAGUUAAUAGGAUGGAAUUUUAUAUUUUCACUUGAGAGAUAGUACCAAGCAGCCAGGUAACCAUGUAUCAGUUAAUACUUACUAGAAAUGUAUUUUGGCAUGUUGGGAGAUACAGAGGAGGGGUCUCACCCAAUCUGUCCACAGAUAUUUUAUCACCCAGCAUAUGGAUCUUUCACUAGCUCUUUUUAAGGUUAGAUAUCCACAACAGAGCCAACACCCUCCCCACAACUUUCAUGUCUGUUAAUUGUUUUGUCUCUACCAUUUCUCCUCCAAUAUCCUACUAGCCCGACCAACCAGUUGCCCAUGAGACUUCUCAAGCCGUCCUCUCAGGGCAAGGCAUGGAGCUGGACAGGUGCAAAGCCUUUGAAAAUCAUUUACAAUUGUUAGCAUUAAGCCUCAAAAAAUGUUUGUCUUUGAAACUCCAAGAACAGAGUUUCUGCUGUCAUCAGUAUCUUACAGGAACUUUGACUUUGUCAUUGGUCAAAUGAAAAGAAAGAUUGCCUUACUACUGCUUAGGAUUCCUUUCACGCUGCUUCAGAGCUUCUGCUAAUCAAUAUCAGCUUUCACAGCCAGUAGCAUUCUGUCUUUACCUCAAAUUUAGAGUUGUUUCAUU